GUCAAAAGGAAGACAGAAAAGCUUUUGGGAAAUGUAGUCCUUGAACUCAGCACUCAUAAGCUCUCCGAUUUGAAUCUGAUUUGUGCUAAAAGCCUCAAGCUGGGCUAGGCCCUGACAGUCUCCAUUUCUCCCUCAAGCCACAAUUAAUUAGUGAGAAAUGGAUCUGUCUUCUUAUGCCUCGCCGGCAGCCAUUAUAGAAACCGUUGCUUCACAGCUAGCAUGCAGGCCAGUGGAUAAGGAAGUUGCUGUUCAGUUAGAUGAAGAAGAUGAACUAAAACACCUGCGUGGAUGUUUUCAUAUUCCCAGAGUGAAGGAUCUGCCUCCAACCAAUCUAGCCUUUGUGCAUAAGAAUGAGACCUGCAUCUACUUUGCUGGGAACUCUCUUGGUCUUCAGCCAAAGAAAGUUAAGACUUACUUGGAUGAAGAACUUGACAAGUGGGCUAAACUGGGUGUUCAUGGUCAUUUCACUGGGAAACGACCUUGGGCUUUAGGGGAUGAGUGCAUUGUGGAGCCUGUGGCUGAUAUUGUAGGGGCUCAUAAAGAAGAGGUAGCAUUAAUGAACGGCUUGACAGUUAAUCUGCAUCUCCUAAUGUUAUCAUUCUUUAAGCCUACCUCAGAUCGCUAUAAAAUCCUUCUGGAAGCCAACGCUUUUCCCUCCGACCAUUAUGCUGUUGAGUCUCAACUCCAAUUUCAUGGGCUAGAUAUGGAGAGCAGUAUGCUUAUGAUAGAACCACAAGAGGGGGAGGAGACCUUGAGAACUGAAGAUAUCCUUGCUGUAAUUGAGAAGGAAGGGGACUCUGUUGCCAUAAUUCUGUUCAGUGGUGUGCAUUACUACACAGGACAGCUGUUUGACAUCCCAAGAAUAACAAAGGCUGGACAAGAGAAGGGUUGCUUUGUUGGAUUUGACCUGGCUCAUGCUGUAGGCAACGUAGAACUGCAUUUACACGAAUGGGGAGUAGACUUUGCCUGCUGGUGUUCCUAUAAGUACCUCAAUUCGGGAGCAGGAGGUCUAGCCGGUGCUUUCAUUCAUGAGAAACAUUCCCAGACUGUAAAACCAACGCUGGUAGGAUGGUGGGGUCAUGAGUUCAAAACCCGGUUUCUCAUGGAAAACAAAUUGCAGCUGAGCCCUGGCAUCAAUGGAUUUCGACUAUCAAACCCUUCGAUUUUAUUGGUGUGUGCCCUCCAUGCUAGUUUAGAGGUAUUUGGUCAAACUACAAUGAAACUCCUGAGAAGGAAAUCCAUUCUUCUGACUGGUUACUUGGAAUAUUUGAUAAAGCAUUACUAUAGUGAAGAUACAAAUGACCCUGAGCAGCCCUUUGUAAGAAUAAUCACACCUUCCCAAAUUGAAGAAAGAGGAUGCCAGCUCACACUGGUCUUCUCAGUUCCAAUUAAGGAUGUUUUUAAAGAGUUGGAAAAAAGAGGUGUCGCUUGUGACAUUCGGGAACCCAAUGCUCUCCGUGUUGCCCCAGUUCCUCUCUACAAUUCUUUCCAUGACGUGCACAGAUUUAUUGAAAUCCUGGGAUCUGCAAUGGCAUCUGUAAAGCAAAGAACAGACACUGCAGCACUUUCCUGAUCUUACUGACGGUGCAGCUAUACUUUUUAAUCUGUUACUAAGAUGCAUCAAUGCUUCUGAGCAAUUUUUGUUUGUUUGUUUCUGUUAUAUGUAUUCCACCCAUUUGCCCCAAAAGAUUAGUUUUGCUUGGAUAGUUAUUUACAAUAGAUACACUUUUUAUUAAAACUCAUUAUUUCUACUUAUUUGGGCUCCAUAAAUUAAUAUGCUUUAUGUAUUUUAAUAGGGGUAGUCUUUAGCAUUCUAGAUACUUUCUUCAUUUAGAUAAUUCUGGUUUACUUCUGACAGACAAAACGGAAAGACAGCUGCAAACCUAAUCUUUGUCUAAUGUCACUGUGUGGAAUAAGGCACCAUAUACAACUCUGUGGAUAUAACCUGCAUUGGAUUUUAAGCACAAUUUCUAUUAAAGGGAAUUUUAAUUUGUGCUGAAAUUGUAUUCAUGAACAUCUAAGUAGAAUUUAAGAAUUCACGAAUGACUUAAGUUUUAGACAUCUCAACUUUUGUUUAAAUUUCUUUUUUGUUUCUCACAAACCUUCUGCUGAGUUGCUUUGCUCACUUACAGCCAUUUAUUGAAGGAUUAACAGCUCCCCUGGAUACCCAGGCAAGAUAAUGGCCCAGAAGCCUGCUUCUCUAGAAGAACAGAUCCAGGGGGAUCCUGAUCUAUAUCUGUUUGGGCUCUUGCGGUCAUCAGGGUAUGUGUGUUGACAUCAUACCUCUGACAUUGGUUUUAAAAGAAUGCCAAUCUUCUGGAAUGCUAAGGCAUCACACUGUUUUGUUUUUCAACAUGCUCAGUGAUUGUGAAACACUUCCAUUAAGCAAGUGGGGCUUGACUCCUAAUUCAGUGUAGAAUCAUGGGCUUAUCUUGUAAGUGCACCAGAUGUGGUGUGAUUGAGGGAAAUGUAUGCUGCUUAGUAAACUGUCACUGUAAUCCACCACCGUAUCAGUCUAAUCACUGGGCCAUCUGAAAAAUAUUUAGACAUUAUGCUGUCUGAAUGUGUAAGGAGCAGCAAGAGACCAACAUUUUGCACACCAACCAUCAGUGUCUAUUGCACCAAACUCACUUAAUCCCACUGUAACAAACUUUGCAUUAAUCUUGUACUUCAGGGGUCGUCCCCUGCCCCCAUAUGUUGGAUAUGGGGAACUAUAAUCUAUAAAGUAUGAGAGAAAUAUGGCAAAAUGAGUUGAGUGUGAAGACAAAGGAAAGGUGGAGAAUACAGUUUUGGUAAGUCUUGGUGACGUGGUAUCUAGAUAGCUGGUGAUCCUUUAGUUCUUUUUAUAAGUUUUUUUCUGAACAUUUACUGGAUAUUCAUCAAAAUUAUCUGGGUUUGUGUUUGAUUUCAGCCAUGAUGCUAUAGCAUGUUCUGAAUGGAUGUAUUUGUAUAAUACAGCUCUCUGCAAAUACUUAAUUGUCAUGGGUAUUCUUACAACAUUUUCAGUGUACUGCUGAUAUCAUGUGUGAAUAAGCCCCAGGAAGCCUAUGAUAACUUACUCUGCUGUAUAACAUUCCAUAUAUGCCACUUAUUAAAUAAUGAGGAAAAUGAGGACUUUAAAGAGUAACUUUUAAAAAGUAAAACUUUUUUGGGCAGAAUUGUAACUCUGGAAAUUUGCAUUUUUAGUUACAGCAGGUAGUAAAGUCAAACCGAUGGAGAAUAACAAUAACGGCUGCCUUCUGUAUUGUUUUUGCUGCGUUAGCAGCACCAAACUGACCCCUCCUGGACACAAGCCUGGACAGUGUGUUUGGAGGUCCUGGGCUGCUCAGACAACAAGACCCACCCACCCCUCGGCCUUGCUGAUGUCGUCCACAGGAAAGCAUAACAAUAAAUUUGGCACCAGCUUGGCUGCGGGAGUUGCCAGAAGGAAGUGUACAAGAUACCACCCAACCGUCUUAGGGAGUCCAGUCUGGAUUUGUGUAACUCCUUAGCCUUUUAUUCUCCUGAAGAUGUCCCACAAAGCAGCGGGUACAAAUUUUUCCUUGGGGUUUACUCCUGAAGCAGGGAUGCGGGUGGCACUGUGGUGUAAACCACUGAGCCUCUUGGGCUUGCUGAUAGGAAGGUCGGUGGUUCAAAUCUGUAGGAUGGGGUGAGCGCCCAUUGCUCUGUCCCAGCUUCUGUCAACCUAGCAAUUAGAAAGCAUGCCAGUGCAAGUGGAUAAAUAGGUACCUGCUGCGGCGGGAAGGUAAACGCUGUUUACAUGUGCUCUGGCUUCUGUCAUGGUGUUCUGUUGCGGCAGAAGCGGAAAGUUGUCUGUAGACAAAUGCUGGCUCCCUCAGCCUGAAGUGAGAUG